AUGUGCGACUCCACAUUCGCCUUGGGCCAACGCGGAAGCCACUUCUUCCAAUGUCCAUCAAAAACAGACCAUGCUCGAUUACCAGCAAAACUCGCCAAACUACUCGUUUCCCCCCAAAUGAAGCAAAUCCACCACAUCGCCCUGGGCUACGAAGACAGUUUCCUCCUCACAUGGCGUGACACACGGAAUCAAGACCGAAUCGACUGUGCAGACCUACCCCCCGAACUAACCACUUUCCUAUACGACCAAAGCGCGCGGGGCCAGUGGACUAGAAAUGUACCUAACAUCCAGUGUGUACUUGGGCCGUACAACGACUCCUGGUUCGUCCACGACGGCAUCGCGUAUUCAUGGAUGAAUCUGCCCCCCAAACUACUCGCGGCGUUGCAAACCAAGAUAGAAGACGGGAACUGGACUGAUCGGCCACGUAUCCUUGCUCUAGGGGCAAACAGCAACUUCAUCCUUGUGACGGAGAAACACAACGCUAUCUGGGAACUGCCCCAGUACCGGAGCUUAUCCACCCUGUUGUCAAGCGCCCAAUCCAAGCACAAUGGCGUUGCAGAGAUGCACAGAUUGAUCAUCCAUCCAUACCGCUUUGAAGCUUUCAUCAUACACUUGCAAUCUGGCCUCCUGCGUUAUGCAAACCUCCCGUCCCCAUCCCUCGCCUGUGUUACCGCCAUGCUCGAACCCAUCAAACACGACACACUCCACGCAAAACCAAACCCCUUACCCAGGAAAGCAAGUUCAUCCCUACCCCGUCCGCCCCGCAAACCAAGCAUCCUGCAGCAGCGCGCCUCGCUGAAGAAAGAAUGGAACCAGCACAACCAGCAAUUCUCGGCACGGGCACAGGGCAUGAAAGUGAGCUUGAGCCUCAGUCAGCACGAGCACUACAUCAUUUAUGCCCCCCAGCUUCUCCAUGCGCCUAUAGAACAUCAAGGGGCGGGGCGUCUGGAUCCACGAGUGCCUGGAUAUCAGCAUAUAACGACAACUCUGCUGUUGGUGAUGUUUACGCCGGUCUAG